AUGCCGGCCCAUAUCAACGGCUCAAAACGCCCCCUUUACAAUCCUUUGGAGUCGACCCGCCUCGCCCAGCUCGAGAUGGUUUCGAGUAGGUCUGGUAUCCUGAUGGGUACUGGGCAGAGCGAUCUACCUCGCCCCUCCACCGGAAAGGAAGCACAGGCAGCCGCUUUUGGAAAUGGCGAUCCCGCUCUACCAAAUCCACAAGUGAGGCAGACAUACAAGACCAACCUUCCACCUGCACCCAACCAGAUGUUUCAAACUGCACCUGGAACUCCAAUGAGCCCAUAUCUUACAGAGUCUGCCCAUGUAUUCUCGCUGCAAAACCCGCUCGAACGCCGAGAGAGUGGGCUGAAUGAGAUUGAAGUGGCGGAUUCCGCCUCGCUCAAUGAGGACAGCUUACAAGAGACGCUGUCACGGAAGUCAUCUUCAGAGACUCUUAUCCGGAAAUCAUCACGAACUUUGUCCGACACACCUGCCUACUCGCCGAAAAAGCUGUACUUGAGAACUCUAAAAACCUUCGAGUCUCGUUUCAGAGCGAAGCAUAAUAUCGAUCAAAAUCCAGCCCACAAUACAGUGGCAGACGGAAAAGGAUGUUGCCAAAUUCCCAUCGAUAAGCUAGCCCAACUAAACAGUAAGUCAACUACCUGGUUUAAAGAUGAACAUGGAAACUCGAAGUUCUCCAAGAAAAGUUUCUUCGGCAAAGCCCCUUGGCAUCGGAAAGAGUCUGGUGACUCCUGCAGUAGCGUGGCCAGUUCUGUGAGGGAGAUUCUCCGAGGCUCAACGCCUCCAGGCACGCCAGUUUCUGGAUGUACUGCACACUAUAGCACACCCUCUGCCAACAGCCAAUUUCCAGGCGGAGAAGCCCAAAGAAUACCGACUCCGCCACUGGACGAAGACACGGCUGACGGGAAACCUCGAGGGUUCUUUACGUGCUCAAUUCCCCCUACAGAUGGCGGACCAGAGACAGACUCGCAACAAUCUCGACACCAUGCUUCACGUAGUGACAUUCACCGCCGCAGCCUGAAUGCCCCACCACGUGAAUGGUGGGAACAAACUCCCCGUCGAGUUGUCAAGAAAGACACAUCCCGAGUUCCGGGGACUUUUGAGUUUGAUGUCCCAGAGCAUUUACCAGGCAGCCCAUUAUGUCCUGCACAUCAAUCACGACAAGGGGGGCGAGGCGGGCUGUGUGUGUACCAUGGUAGAAGCCGUACGGGAACUCUUCUACGCGAGGAGGCAAUCAAUCGAGAGAGUGAAGAGUUGCUAGAGGAUGAAGGGUGGCACCAACCUGCCAAUGAGGGACACCGUAGGGAA